AUGGAAGGAUUCCGAGGUACAUAUCCACCAGCUGGUGUUCCAGAACCUGCUGUUUCUCAUGGAAAUGGAAGGCAUAAUUUAGAUGGUCAUGGUAAUCGUGGGUCUGGCUUUCCAGGCCUAAAGAAGAGAGGACAUGGUCACGGAAGUCGUUCAUGGAUAAAGAUUGAUCAGGAUGGGAACUCAAAGAUUUUGGAGCUUGACAAGGCCACCAUAAUGAGACAUUGUUCUUUGCCUUCCAGGGAUCUACGCCUUUUGGACCCUCUUUUUAUUUAUCCGUAUACGAUUUUAGGUCGGGAGAAGGCUAUUGUGGCCAGUCUUGAACAGAUUAGAUGUAUAAUCACAGCGGACGAGGUUAUCCUGAUGAAUUCCCUAGAUGGAUGUGUUGUCCAGUACAUUUCAGAAUUCUGCAAACGUCUUCAAACAAAUCGAGAACAAGCAGAGGACUUGCCAUUUGAAUUCAGAGCUCUGGAAUUGGCUUUGGAACUAACUUGCAUGUCUCUUGAUGCUCAGGUAAAAGAACUGGAAUUGGAGGUAUAUCCUGUAUUGGAUGAACUAGCAACAUCUAUUAAUACUUUUAAUCUGGAACGUGUUCGUAGACUUAAGGGCCACCUCCUUGCAUUGACUCAGCGAGUUCAGAAGGUCCACGAUGAGAUAGAACAUCUCAUGGAUGAUGAUGGUGACAUGGCUGAGAUGUAUCUGACAGAGAAAAAACAGAGGUUGGAAGCUUAUGCUCUAGGUGAUAUAUAUUUUCAAAACGAUAACCCAAGUGAGAUCAAAGUGGUUUCAAAAUCUGCUCCUGUUUCGCCAUUGAGGUCAAUUAGUGGAGCCCAGAAAUUGCAGAGAGCAUUUAGCAAUAUAAGUCCAAGCAAACAUGGAAGCCUGAUGAGUUCAUCCAGUAAUGGCGAGAAUAUUGACCAGCUUGAAAUGUUACUCGAAGCGUACUUUGUUGCUAUCGACAACACUCUUAGCAAGCUGUUCACGCUCAAAGAAUACAUAGAUGAUACUGAAGAUUUGAUCAACAUCAAACUGGCCAAUGUCCAGAACCAACUGAUUCAAUUUGAGUUGCUUCUUACUGCAGCUACCUUUGUGGCUACAUUAUUUGCUGUUGUGACGGGAAUAUUUGGGAUGAACUUUGUAGCCUCAAUUUUUGAUUACCCAUCUGCAUUUAAUUGGGUUCUGAUUAUAACUGGUCUAGCAUGUGUAUUCUUGUAUUUAUCUUUCUUGUUUUAUUUUAGAUACAAGAAGGUCUUUCCAUUGUAA